AUGAGUGAGAAACUAUAAAAUGGAUGUUAAAUAUACAUAUAUCCUCAAUGCAAUAUAAUUUUUUGCUCAUUUAAAAUCUUUGCAUAAAUUAUACAGGGAUACUCAGGUAUGGUUAAAUUACUAAAAGAAAAACAAAAUCUAAAAGAAAAUUGUGUAUUGAGAGAUGAGAAAGUGUUGUAGACUGUAAAGUGACCCCUAAAACCAUGUAAAAAAAAGUAAUUCACAAAAAGAACUUGAGUUUGAUACACAGUUGCUAACACCGGUGAAUGAUGUGUGUCGGAGCUGUGUGUUCUUGGCUGCAGGCGUGGCUGAAGCAGGCUAAGGCCAGAUUCCGUCACCGCAUUGAAAAGCUGCGCGCACAUCAUGCCAGGAAACAAUGGAUCAAGAGGGAAUUUGGAACCAUUUCCUCAAAGCACAACUAUCGCGAGUAUGAUUUCUAUACAUACAGCCCCUCCGCCCUUAACAUCCAGCAGCCCCGGCACCCAUACAUGCCCACGACCUACCACGAUGAUGACACUGUCGAUGAAGGCACUAGUCACUCAGAUACGGAACAGGGUGUUGGGGUGCUGUCUCCUCAACGAUUAAGUCAACGACUGAAUGAGAAUGCUCUGGCACGAGAGGCUGUGGGAGAGAGUGAUGCUGAACUUGCCCAGUACCUGAAAGAUGAGAGAAUUGCUCUCUUCCUCCAAAAUGAUGAGUUUAUGGAUGAACUCCGAACCAAUCGUGAAUUCAUGACAGCUUUACAAGAAGAUUAUGAAAGUGAGGCUGGAGAUGAUGAUGAAAUAGAAGGAGCAGAGGGUAAAGGGCAGCUGGCUCAGCUUGAUGAUGCAACACUCAGAGAAAGAAUUGCUACUAUGGGAAAAGCUUCAAGAAAGAAAUUUGCACAGAUAGCGAAAGUUUUUUCACGUCGUAAACGCACGAGUGGUCGUAGUCUACUGCCAAGUGCUGGACGAGAUCAGUUGCUUAUAUCUGCGGAUCCACUAAUUGAGGAUGAAGAUGAUGACAGACAACCACAGCAAAUGGAAGGAGGACUGUCAUCAUCACCAAGACACUUACGGUAGAAAAAGGCAACUUGACACCUGUGAUGCGGCUUAAGGAUUUUUUUUUAAUUAUGAAUAUGCAACUGUUUAUCAGUUGAGGCACAGGAGGUUCACAUAGUGUAUAUUUGUACGUGUGUGAAUUACUUGGCAUAUUAUUUAAGUAAUGUAUCCCAGACUAGCAGCAGCAGGUAGUCUUGUCUGUUGUUUUUUUUUAGGUGUGAUCAUUAUCAACACAAAUGAAAAUUGAUGCACUGUAUAAAAAGAACUUAUUCAGCAAGUGUGUUUCUCAGAUCUGUGAAGACAAAUGCUAAUUGUUUAGAAGAACUCAUUACUUGUUAAGUCAGCUAAUACUUAUUUUCCUCAAGCUUUAUUCAUCAAUCUUAAUACAUGUACAGUACUUAAGACACAUAGUAUAUAAUGUUUAUGAGUUUAGUUUGUAUAGUGUAGUAUAUUUUAUACUCUCUUUAUAUUAUCUUUAUCAUGAUUUAGAUACCUUGAGGCAGAAUAUUUUUGCUCAUAUAAAUCCUACUGUAGCUUUUGUUUAUACUGACUGUGUAUUCAACCAAGAAAGACAGUUUAACAUGUACA